GUGACUUUUUCCUAUAAAGGGGAGUGGACAGUUGCAGGCUGCAUCUGAUGCUUUCUGCCGCUUGAGGGGUCAACCAACCAUCCAUCAUGGCAGCUAAGCAGAUAGGUCAGUGUCAACAAUCUGUAACGGACCAAUUGGCUGACGAUCUAAUCCGUUUGGAUCCUUUGGUUACUGGAAAUAUACAGUUUGCUCUUGAUCUGUUCAAGCACUUGGAUGAACAGAACAGAGUUGGCAACAUCUUUGUGUCUCCCUUUAGUAUAUCAGUUGCACUGGCCUUGGUGUAUCUGGGUGCGAAAGAGAAGACAGCCACUCAGAUGGCUCAGAUGCUUGGUUUUGAUGAAGUCAAAGACGUCCACUCGGAAUUUCAGAAACUGCAAACUGAAUUAAUCAACCCGAAUGCAAAGUAUUCCUUGAAGUUAGCCAAUCGCCUCUACGGGGAGAAGACCUACACGUUCCUUCCAGAUUUUCUUGCAGCUUCUCUGAAACAUUAUCAAGCAGGGCUGGGAGCUGUUGACUUUCUUAAAGCAGCAGAGGCGGCUCGACAAGAGAUCAACAGUUGGACUGAAGAACAGACUGCAGGAAAAAUCCAAAAUGUAUUGGAGAAAGGUACUGUUGGCUCUGACACAAGGCUUGUCCUUGUGAAUGCCAUUUAUUUUAAGGCGAAAUGGAAAGACACAUUUAAGAAAAAAGAUUCGUUCACUGGACAAUUCAAGCUAAACCAGGUAAAGAAUAGUAUAACCAAAGAUUUGGAAAUGAUGCAGCAAACUGGAAGUUUUCUUUACUUUCACAAUCGUGAAUUUGCGUUCAAGAUCAUUGAACUCCCAUAUGUUCAGGAUGAACUCAGUAUGAUCAUCUUACUGCCAGAUGACAACAAUGGACUUGAAAUUCUUCAGAGGAGUUUCACUCUUAAUCGUCUGAGAAAUUGGACCAACCCAAAGAACAUGUCCUGGACAUCUGUUCGAGUCACUCUCCCCAAAUUCAAGCUGGAAGAGAAAUAUGAUCUUUCAUCAAUCCUCCCCAACUUGGGGAUGGUGGAUGCUUUUGAUAGUAUGAAAGCCAACUUCUCUGGAAUGAGUGAGGGAAAAGAUCUGUCAGUGUCAAAAGUCAUUCAUCAGUCCUUUGUUGAAGUUAAUGAGGAAGGCACUGAAGCAGCUGCUGCAACAGCAGUCACCAUGUGUCUGACAUCUACAAUGUUUCCCCCUGAAGAAUUUAAGGCUGAUCAUCCAUUCCUGUUUUUCAUCCGCCAUGCAAAGACACAGAGCAUUUUAUUUUAUGGAAGGCUAACCUCUCCUUAAAUGCAAUGCCUUGUCAGUUAAUUACUUUCAUAGCAAUUUUGUCAAUGUCUACAAUUAUAAGUUUGAGAGUAUGGUCAUUGGAAACGUUUAAUCUAAAUCAUUGCCAAGGAAUUUACUUGGAAAUUAAAAUGUUCAUAAAUGGUGGUUGAGAGGUGGGGUAGAAUUUAGUCACAUUUACGUAUUGAGUUUUAUCAUAUUAACAACUAUUAUAAUUUUAUCAUUGAGCUCUUAACUGGUGAGGGAAUGUAAAUUAUAUUACAUAGUCAUUUUGUACAAUGAGGGGCCUAUUGUAAAGAGAGGAGCUUGUCUCAUGCUAAAAAUGUGUAAUCCAUUAGUCUAGGCAUGAAAGUUACAAAUUUGUUAUCACCAACGUGCGA